UUACUGGUGAAUAAAUUGAAUCGCAGAUUAUGCGCUUCGGCCGUGUUGUUGAUCAGUGCGAAAUUGAAUGAUGUACGCAGACCGGAACUGUCCAAUUUGGUCCAAGAACUGGAAAACAUUUUCAAAAUUUCCCGUCGUGAUUUGCUUCAAACCGAAUUGGAUGUCGCUCUGAGUUUGGAAUUCUGUCUCGUCCCAAGCGAGCAAGAAAUUAUUGUACACUAUAUACGCAUUUACAAAAGUCUCGACUUGACCCCCUCGUAUCCAAUCUCCUGUUUGGGUCAUAUACCCCAUUCGUCUUCGUUACCCAGUGUGAUGGCACACGGUCGAUCGACUUGA